AGGCGUGAUAACAUGUUCGAACCAGUUGCGUCGCGCCUGUCUUGACGUGAGCUUGUCGAAGUUUUCAGUGAUGAAAUAAUAUUCUGCAGCGAUUUUUGUGCCAUGUGACAAAUGUCUUUUCAAUAUUGCGUGAACGGUCAGUGAUUAAUCAACGAACAAAGUGGGUGCGGUUAAUAAACCGGCGUUAAACUUAAAUCCAAGGAAAUAGCGGAGUUGCACUCAUGCUGAGCACCAUGUGGAGGAGGAAGCAAGCCUUUUUCAUGGGAAAUCUCCUUCGACCAAUACCUUUCUUCCUGCUCAUGAUUGCGCUCUGUAGUUAUGCCGCCGGUGAAGACAAGAGGGUGGUAUGUUACUACACAAAUUGGAGCGUCUAUCGACCUGGAACAGCUAAAUUCAGUCCCCAGAACAUCAACCCAUAUCUUUGUACCCAUCUCAUCUACGCUUUUGGCGGCCUAGACAAAGACAAUGGGUUGAGGCCGUACGACAAGUAUCAGGAUAUUGAGCAAGGAGGAUACGCCAAAUUCACCGGUCUCAAGACGUACAACAAAAAUCUGAAAACAAUGUUAGCCAUAGGAGGUUGGAACGAGGGAUCUGCCAGGUUCUCUCCGUUAGUAGCUGACGAGGAACGGAGGAGAGAAUUCGUCAAAAAUGUUGUCAAAUUUCUGCGACAAAAUCACUUCGAUGGUCUCGAUUUGGAUUGGGAGUAUCCUGCUUUUAGAGACGGUGGUAAACCUAGAGAUCGCGACAACUAUGCUCAACUUGUUCAGGAACUGAGAGAAGAGUUUGAAAAAGAAUCGAGCAAAACUGGCAGGACGAGACUGCUUCUGACAAUGGCAGUUCCGGCAGGAAUCGAAUACAUCGACAAAGGAUACGAUAUUCCUAAGCUCAAUAGGUAUUUGGAUUUCAUGAACAUCUUAUCCUAUGACUAUCAUUCAGCUUUUGAGCCAGCAGUCAACCACCAUUCUCCGCUCUACUCGCUGCAGGAGGACGAUGAAUACAAUUUCGAUGCUGAACUCAGUAUUGACUACACUAUCAAGCAUUACCUGAAAUCGGGCGCUGAUCGUGAUAAAUUGGUACUGGGUAUUCCGACCUACGGCCGAUCUUAUACCCUGUUUAAUCCGGACAGUACAGCACUGGGAUCACCAGCUGAUGGUCCUGGCGAACAAGGAGAGGCUACGAGAGAGAAGGGAUAUCUCGCUUAUUACGAGAUAUGUCAAAGUCUGAAUAGCGAGAAAGACUGGAAAAUUGAACAGCCCAAAUUAGGUGCAAUGGGACCAUAUGCUUACAAGGACAAACAGUGGGUUGGAUAUGAUGAUGCAUUUAUUGUCAAAGAGAAGGCAAAAUACGUGAACGACAAAAACCUCGGAGGCAUUAUGUUCUGGUCGAUAGACAACGAUGACUUCCGAGGUAAGUGCCAUGAUCGACCCUACCCUCUGAUCGAGGCUGGUAAGGAGAUGCUAUUCGGCACCUCGGGCAAGAAGUCAUCAAGCAAGAACAACAUCGCCAGCAGUUCCCAAACUGAAACCAAAACUGCGCGACCGCUUAGGAGACCUGGACAAAAAAGUUCGAAACCGAAGACAGCCAGCCUUAGAACCACCACGGCUGCUACCACCACAAGGCAAACCACCACUGGCAACCCUCUGACCACCCCUGAACCCCCCACCACACCCGAUCCCGGCAGUGACUUUGUGUGCAAGGAUGAGGGGUUCUUUCCGCAUCCCCGGGACUGCAAGAAGUAUUUCUGGUGUUUAGAUAGCGGACCGUCUAACCUGGGGAUAGUGGCGCAUCAGUUUACUUGUCCGUCUGGUUUGUUCUUCAACAAGGCGGCCGACUCGUGCGACUUUGCUCGCAACGUGCUGUGCAAAGACAAACGCGACAAGGCGGCGACAAGCACGGCCAAGCCGACAACAUCGUCGUCCACCACGCAGCAGACGACAACAGCCAGUUCGCGGCUCAAGUUCACUGCCGCCACCGCAAAGUCCACCGGCAACCGCUACACCACCACUACCACCACAACCACUGAGCCUCCUCCCGAGGAGGACGACGAGGAUGAAGUCGAGGACGACUAUCAUGCCGAGGAGGACCCGCAGACCAUCAAGCAGCUCAUCACGCUGAUUAAGAAGUUGGGUGGUGUCGCUGAGUUGGAGAAACAGUUGGAAAAUAAUGGAGGAUCGGAUGUAACAAACUCGCCUAUCAGUAAAACGCUGUACAACAAAGUUCUCACUCCUGGGAAAUUCCAGUCGCCGUACCGCAACGGGCCGUCGGGGCCCCAGAACGAGGGCUUGCCCCCACCCGCCCCCGGUCAGGACGACUCGCCCUACAGUCGCCGCGAGAAACCGCAGUAUGUCACGAUCCGGAGGGAGAGGCCUUCUACCGACCAGCCAGUCUCAGAAGAAGGAAACAGCAGAGGAGGAAAUGAGAGAGAAGAGGCAGACGAUGAACAAGAGGACGGAGUUGAAGAGGAGGCCGAAAGAGAACGACCGAUCAAGCCUCUCUAUAGUACUAUUCAACGAAGGAGGCCUUCAACGUCAACUGAGGCCUCUUCGGAGUCCACUUCUCCAUCCACAGCUGUCACAAAAACUAGAUACAGCAGCAUACAACGAUCUAGGCCUUCCACUGUGGCUAGUGACAGUGUUGAUACUACAACUUCAAGGUAUGUAACACUGCAACGCCACCGCCCCCAACAGUUGGACACCGAGGAAGAAGUGGCCGAGGACGAACGCGUCUCGCCACUGCCAUUCGUCAGGAGUCGGCCUCCUCAGGAUGACGUCAUCGAACCACUUGACGACCAACAACCAACCACAACCACCCAAAAGCCCGCCAAAAAGGUGAGUGACGAAGCAACCGAACUCAGGCCUGUGUAUGAGCACACAUCUGAGUUGUCGGCCACAACAACCUCAACAACAACAACAACAUCCCCAUCAGCUGCUGAUGAUGAUGAUCAGCUGACUAUCACUAGUACAACAACAGCAACAACGACUGACAACAGUUCUCCCCGAACAAACACUGAGACAACAACAACUGAGGGUCCUGUAGCUAGUAAUGAUAGUGAUAGUAGUAGCCCAGGGAAUAUAGCAUCCAAUGAUAGUGACAGUAGUAGUCCAGGGGAAAUACCAACCAUUAGUACAGAACAAACCACUGCAGUACCAUACCAAACAUCAACAAUCACUAGUGUUGUAACUGUUAUUGUAGAGGGGGCAACUGAACGCCAGCGGGUUGCUCUAGGUAGACUGGAAGAAGUGCUUGCUGAACACAAUGUCACAUCAUCCAGGGAGCAAACCAAGUUGAAGGAUAGCUCAGCAGAGAUAAAUAAGAUAGCACCGGAAAGCUCCAAGGAGAUUGCCCCCACUUCGAAAGCAAAUAGGACCGGGGGACAGUUGAGGAAUAUUCCCAGGAGACGUCUGAAUGUCGGUAAAGUUGGUCAGGAUUCAACCACGGAACCUUACCGACCUAGUAGCAGACGGUUCAGGCCCACAAGUACUGAACCAAGUGUUUCAAGUGAGAGGCCUUCACAGACAAGGUUCAUACCUUCUAGGACACGUAAUAGAACAAGUGUAGCACAGGGGGAUGACAAUGCUGUUACUGGACGUACUAGAAGUUUCAUUAGGAGACCACAACAACAAGAUGUUAUCAACAACAGCAGUGAGGGUGAUGAUGUGAGACCACGCACAAGGAGUUUUGUUAGGAAACCAGCUCCACAAGAUGACAUCAACAAAAGUAGUGAAAGGGAAGAUGUGAGCCCACAUUCAAGGGAUUUUAGGAGAAAACCUGAUGAGUCAACCAACAACAGUGAGGUUCCCAGGAGGAAUCCAACCCGCACAAGAAGCAGAUUCAGUUCCCGGAACAAUUCCACAUCUGAAUCAACACCCAUUAACGAUUCAUCCAUUGAAGACACAGGUAGUAAUGAGGCUUCGAAAUUAAAUGAGUUGACCUCCACACGUCCACGGAGUCGUUUUGCAAUUGCGCGCAACCGGGGGGCAACUUCUACUACAUCAACUACAACUAUCAACCCACCUACUAGACAUGUGUUUGGACGUGGUAGAAGUCGUUCAACAACUGUGAAACCUGAGAUUGUGACAUCUGAGGAGUUGACUAAUAGUUCACAAUCUGUGGAGAACACUUCCAGGCAACGUUUGACACCUUACUAUGUGCCCAUACAGAGAACGUCGAACAACCAGUACCUUAUACAUCAUGAGGCGACAAGAAACGACAGUUCUGAAAUUUUGAUACAGAUGGAGAACACAAAUGUGUUGACCAAAUCUAAAAAUAAAACUAGUACCAAAGAGAGUAGUGCUGAAAACACCAGUGGUGAGAUUCUAGAUAGUAGUUCAGAAUCUGUAAUUGUUAACACUACGGAUUCUAAUGUGUUAGUGGGGGAUGAAAGUGGUGAGAAAGUUGAAGAUUCUAUUGGUUCCGCUUCUGGGAACUCACAAGAAGUUUCAAAAAGUAGUCAGGAAGUUACAGAUACACCAGUGGAGACAACAACAGUAGUUGUUGACACGACUGUGACAACUACAACUGAGGUUCCACUAGCUGAUACCAGUGGGAGUAAUAUGACUAAUAAUUUGGAGGAAACUAAAAGUAAUUCAACGAGUAAAUUUAAAAAACAGAGAGGUUCUGCCAAGUUUUCAUUAACUGAUGAUAGUGAAGAGGAUGCAUCUAAGUCAACUGAGGUUGAAGAUAACACAAGUAAGGAAGUGAAUAGCGGUAGGGGUAGAAAACUAGUUAGUGCUGAUACAAGUGGAAAAGAGGAGUUGGUUUCAAGAUCGAAAUUCAAUGUGGAAAAUUUUGAUCGCCAUAAAAGUAGUGCCAAGAGUAGAGAUAUAUCACAAUCAGACCAUGACGAUAAAGUAUUUUUGGAGAGUGUUGAUGAUAGUGGACUGAGAAAACGGAAAAAAGUUGUGAGACUGUUACCAAGAAACCGCAAUGGAACCAAUGAGACAACCAGUAUCAAUGAUAGUAAUGGGAAGAGGAUUGUUACCGUAGUGAGACCUAGGAAUUCGGUGGGUAGGAAUUCUGUGGGAAAAGAAAAUGAGUUCGAAGUGAAAACAGAGCAACCUAGUUCAACUACUGUUAGGAGUAAUAGUAAUUUUUUAAGAACGUCCACUAGGAAUAGGGAUGGAGUACAGACAAGGACACUGGAUGAUGAUUUCUUGAAAGUGAAAACUGAUGAUGAAUCUACUACAGUAAGGAACAGUGUACCAAGGUCUAGAACAAAAUUCAACAGAAAUGAGGUGAUCACAAAUCUUGAUGUAAAUGAGGAAGAAUUUUUAAGGGUUAACCCAGAUGAAAGUUUCACAUCAACAGUUAGAAAUAAUGUACAAAGGACACCUACAAGGACCACCAAUAGGAAUAAUUUUAGAUCGAGAAAUAGUAAUUCUGUUGGGGAUGUCGUUUCAAAUCUCAACACAGAAGAACCCGUGAGGAACAGUUUUCAACGCACAUCAUCCAGAAACAGGAAUGUUGAAACUAGUAACUCUGUCGGGAGAGACAAUGAAUUCAGUACUGUAACAGAUGAGUCCACUGUAAGAAGUAGUUUCCAGAGAACACAGUCAAGGAAUAGAAAUAAUGCUGAAGGGAGAGGGAGUAAUAUCCGUGGAAGGUAUGAGAAGAAAGAGGGAACGACUCUCACCCCAGAAACUAGUUCAAGAGGGAGGAUUAGGUUUAGAGUUGAAGAUGAUGGGAGCUCGUUGGUGAAUGACAACAGUUUUGACGAUGUUUAUGAUGAGAAUGGUUUUGUGGUUAAGAAGAAGAAGAAGAAGCCUAAAGUGAGUGAGGAGACUGGAGUGAGGUAUGAGGAGGAUGUUGGUCACAAUUAUAGGAAAGUUGUGGUGAGAAACCGAGUAAUACAUAGGAAAAAUACUGAUAAAGAUAGUGUAAGAGGUAGAUCACGAGUGAACAAUGAGGACUUGGAAACAGGACAAUCGGGUCGUGUCAGUAAGAAAGUUGAUGAUGAUGUGAGAUUCGAAAACUCGUUGAGUAGUGCUGGUGCAAAGAAGAGCGGGGUGACAAGAAACCGUGGGUCAGUUCGUGCAAAGGAAUCGUUGAAGGAUGAGGUGGAAGGAGUAGACUAUGAUGAGGAAGAAGGAGGAGAAGAAGGAGGACAUAGAGAGAGAGCGACCAACAUUGAGAACGAAAUUGCCGUUGAAACGGAGUCUGAAAAAGAGAACACAAGGAUCCGCAUUGUACCGGUGAGAAGAGUGGUCUCUCGCAACCGCAGCACAUCCACAGAGGAGCCUCCCACUACGGCGGUCAGCGACAAUUUCACCAGUCGCCGAUAUUCCAACAAAUUCAGGCAGAAAGAAGCUGCCACCACUACACGACAAGAUCCCACCUCAUCGCAGCAAUCUGAUUCUGAUGAUUUUGCCAUAACAACUGUCAGGCCCAGAAAAUUCACGUUCCCUAAAAGGUUGGCGCGACCCAGCACCACACUGGAGACACCAAUAGCAGAGCAGCUGCAGAAGACAACAGAGAGGCCGUUUGAUAGUCAAGAGGACAACACUUCCGGUUCCGGUCUGCCGGAUCUGGCUGAUGUCGGGGUCGUCGCUAUACAGGCAUUAGCUACUGUGCCACCCUCCAACUUUCAACCUGUGACCUAUUCCACCCCCUCCUCGCUGUUCCCCCGUCGCACAUCGACGGUGCAGACGCUAAUUCAUCACACGAUCCCCGUGACGUCGCUCGGGACCGGCACAUCGCCCCAGGCCGUAACAGCUGUUAGCAGCAGCACGGUCCGUAGCAGUCCGUCGCUGAUCCAGGCCGUCACGCAGACACACCGCGCCGUACCACGGCCGUUCUCCAAAAAACGCCCCACGACCCUUGCUCCGCCCCCCAAGCCGGCCUACAUCACAAAAGGUCGCACAAAACAUGUGGACGAAAUCGCAGACUAUGAAGUCGACUAUUACGCUGAGCCUGUAGACGUGCCUCUCAGUGGCAAAGUGCGGAUACACAACGACGGCUACAUUGAGUGUUUGGACGUUGGCAACUUCCCUCACCCCUUCAGCUGUCGGAAGUUCAUAUCGUGCGCAAAAAUGGAGACAGAGCAUCUGCUGGGUUGGGAGUACACUUGUCCCCGUGGUCUGUCGUUUGAUCCUAUUGGAGGUAUUUGUAAUUGGUCGGCUGGGUUGGGAUGUAAAGAGUGAAAGGGUCAAGUGAGGACCGUGUUUAUUGACGAUUUUUAAGAACUGAUAGGUAAUAUUUUUUUAAUCUUAUUUGAACUGUAUCAUUGAAUAAAAACACACAUAUUUUGUCAAAUUCUACACAGUUUCAUUCGGUACACGACCAUGGUUUUGUGACCACACCGGUCACAUUUUCAAGUUGACUGAAAACGGUGUGGUCGCGAAUCCAUGGUCUUGUACCGAAUAAAACUGUGUAGAAUUUGACAACAUUAUGUAUGUUUUUCUUCAAUUAUGGAACGGUUCUACAAUAUUGACAAUGACUCAGUCGAAUUUCUUGAACUGUAUCAUUUUUCAAAAACUUCGAGAAGAAAAUGUUGUGGAGUAAUCAUGUUGAUUUCCUCCGAAUCAUUAUUGACAUAAGUUUGUGCAUACCAUACAACCAUAGUAAUUGAUGUGGUUUCAAAUAAAACGCAUUUAGUCAAGUAUCGUUUCGUUUUCGAGUAACCAAUAGCAGGAGCCAAUCAUGAUGUUAAUGUUUCUUGGUUGAUGGACAACUUAAAAUAACUUUGCUGAAUUUGUUCUCAAGAAUCGUUAAAAGAACGGUCCUCAUUAUUUGUAAGAGUUAAUAUGGGGCCAGAGUGCAUCAAUUUCUAUUGCCAUCAAGAGUGUUUGGUUGUGAAAAAUCUCCGUCCAGUGACAUGUUAUGAGGAAUAGAAAGACUUUAGAAAUUAUAGGUCAUUGAAAUCAAGGGGAACUAGUUUUGGUAGUUACACUCUCAUUAAUUUCAUGUUUGCUAUUAUGAAUUUGAUGAUUGGGUAACGACUAGAAACAAGUUUCUCGUUAUUGUAAUAAACAAGAGAACUAAAAUUAUUAAGUUGUUAAUAGGAUUUCACAUGCGUUUUAUUCUAUAAAGAUAUCGACCACAGUAUCAACUUCAUUUUAAAAUAAUAUAUUCUAUUAAAUAUUCGAUUAAUAUUGAUUGUUUUGGAUAGGCUUUCGCCCAAACCUGCUCCGUAUCAAAUUCAUAGGCAAUUCGAGUUGUAAAAUUAUUACUUGAUAAAAUUCUUGUAUUGUAUAAUCUUUAAGCCAUUGUUGUGGUCAACAUUUCUAUUUUGGGCAUUACAGGCCAAGACUUGAAAGCUAUGAACAAAUUUUCAUGGGAGAUGACCUGAUAGAUGAUGACUAUUCAAUCUAUUCAAAUGAUGGAAGUUUCUGAAUAUUCAAUUUUUUUAUAAUGAAUGUACCUUUUGGAAGUAAUAAUUCUAAUAUAGUUGUUGAAACUGUACCUUUUAGUAAAACAUGUUCUUACAUCUAAAAAAUGAUAGAAACCCUCAUUUAGUUUCCAGCAUUGCAAUCAAUUGAAGUUCAAUUUGAAGAACUACUGAUCAGACAUUUAAUUGGAAAUAUAAUUAAAUUAAUUGUUCAAAAUUAAAUUUAAAAUAAUAGGAUGAACUACCAUCAAAUAUUGAAAAGAUGUAUUUAAAUUUUUCUUUAUCGAUAUAAAAAUUAAUAAGUGACAUCAACUCAUUUUCUUCAAACAAAUAACAAUAGAUAGGCAUACGGUAAUGCAUGAAUUGUAUACAAUAGAAUUCAAUUUGUUAUUUAUGGAAAGAAACAUUGAAGAAAAUUUUAUUGCAUAGUUUGUCGCUUAGGUACUGUAUUGUAUCAUAAAUUAUUCAUUGCUAUUAUUGACUUCCUCAAAAUCAUCUUCCAUCCAACUAAAUAAAACAAUGUAUCAGUCUUAAUAAAAGGUUGUUUAAUAUUAUAUUGAGUGAUUAGGUAAUAAAUCACUAAAAUCAACAUUGUAAAAUCGUUGUACAGUAUGUCUAUUUAUAUUUAGAACAUUCUAUUAUAAUUAGUUUUAUGUUGUAAACAAUUAGCUGUAAUGAACUUUGUAAAUAAAGUGUAAUGUUACUUUUUUAAUAAAAAA